AGCCUGGUCGUGCGGCCGUCCAAUAGCGAUGGAGGUGGGGCAGGAGGUGGAGGUGGAGGCCGUGGCAGCGAUUACGAGCCUGGCGAGGUUCGUCGCGAACCUCCUUCAUACUCUCGUUCCGAGCGAAUCUCUGAUAAUCCUGCUCCGAAUGUUGCCUGCAAGAACUUGAAUCUUGAGGAAGGCAUGUUGGUAAGAAUGCAGUAUUGGAUCAUGGUCUGGGGAAUUGUGUUACAUACUAUGGGUUAAUUGUGUUUCUUGAAGAUUCCAACAGUGGGAAUUAUGCAUGAAUACAUGCGUCUCUGAAUCACUAAAAAUGCGUGCAUGGGUUAUAUCAUGUUAUGACAUCCAUGGCAGUUGUAUUGGGUUGAACUUUUUCUGGAGUAAUUAUGACUGGGAUUUAAGCAUCUUAUGGAAAUGCCUAUCAAAACUGAAGCUUGUGAGCGAUUUUUUUAAAGAAUUCCAGGAAUACAACUUGGUAUUGUAUGUAUAGGAAACCAUCAUGAUGCAUAUUUUGAGUUGUAACCAUCAGUAAGGCUGGUCUUCCAUGAACUACUGUCAGAAGAUGGAAAACAUGGUCUGGUUGAUAGCUAGAAUGGAUAAAUUGAGUUUGGUCGUGUGCUCCUGAGUUUACCUUGUUGGAAUGUGGCAUACAUUAUGGGAGAUGUUGUUUGCUUGUAAUAUUGAGCUUCUUAGAUUCUUGGUUAUCAGAGAAUUGUUUAAUUUGUAAAAUGGAUUUUUCAUCAUGAUAUUCAGAGGUUUAGUUGAGACUUUUUAUUUUUUUAUUUUUUUGGUUGUUGUUUUUGUUUUGUUUUAUUCCUUUGGAUGGUUGUAUGGGGGCUAAAAAUAUAUGUAGUUAGUAAUAUAAGUUUCUUUUCAGCAUUGUUGCAAUUGCUGUUUAACUGGUUGAAUUUUGGGACUUCUGUUAGAAUUUUUUUGUAGUUUCUUCUGAACUCUAUAGGUUUUCUUUGUAAUUAUCCUGUGAUGGGUGGUAAUCAUUCAAGAAAAGUGCUACUGUCUUAGAACUUUCGGAGAUCCUCUUUUCUUCCCACUACUCUCAUGCUUUGAUUUUCCUAAUUGGGCAAUAUUUGAGGGAGUCGCCGAUUGUGGAGAAUUUACUCACUUGGGUUUGGACAUGCCUUAGUUUCUUCAUCCCAUCAUAUUGUACAGUGGUUAUGCAUUGUGGUUGGGGCGCAAAUUCUUCAUUUUCCAUUGGUUUAUAGGUAAACUUGUGGUGUUAAUUGAAGCGUCUUUAACAAGAUAUUAAGAAGGCAUAUGAAAAGAAAUGGACAAAAAUUUGGAGCAGGUAAGGUGUUGAACUAUUUGGAUACUUGCACUUCGGUGGGUUUUCUUUGGUGGUGUUUUAUGGGGGUUAACUGCUCAUUGCAGACAUGUUUUAAUCUGAAGGUUAUGAACUAAUUUGCACUGGGAUUAUUGCUCUUUUUCUGGAUUUGGAGCCACAUACGUGUCUUCUUCUAUCUGCAUGCUGCAGAUAUGGUUGAAGUUAUUUUCCAUACUCCUACCUCAGUGCUGUUUUAAGUUAUGGUUCUUUCAGAUCCAUGAAUAUUGGUUUGUCGGAUUUAUAGGUUAAAGUGUUAAGUAAACAUGUAAUGGUUCACACUUCACAAGGUAUGUGGAUGUGGCUCUUGAGAAAUAGGAAGUUCGAAUUGUAUUGUUCGCAAGGACUGUGAGCAGUAGCAGUUAAAAUUUCUGGUGGGUACGAGUAACUAUGAUUUGUUUUGCUAUUGCUCUUUUUUGACCAUGGCUAGUUGUUUGAGAAGUAACAAGUGUAUUUUUCAUGUGAACUCAUGCUCUUCUCACAACUUGUAUGUGUUAUGUACUACACAAUGUGAGGGGGUUCUCUGACUGAUGGUAACAGUCCUUGCAAACUUUGUUGAAUUGGUAAUUGGCAGUUCAAGAGCACCAAAUUUCAGCUACUGUACAUUAUGCAUCCAUUUUCUGUUUUUCUUCCUAAUUGGUGAUUGCUUAUCUUUAGAAUUCACUGCCUUUUUCCAGGAUAUAGAAUGCGUGCAGGUUCUGGUUCUCCUGUACGCCGUAGGUCAGAUCAUCGCUUCAGUUCCAAUUUUGACCAUGCGGGUGGCCUGCCGCGGAACCGUGAACUUGGCAAUGGAAGGGAUUCUGGUAGAUAUCGAGAUUCUUCACCCCCUUUCAUUAGAGGAAGGGGUGGUGGCAGGCCAUUUGGUAGAGGUAUUGAUGGACCUGACUUUGGUCCUGGGUCAUUAAGAAGUGAAGGCUUGAGUAGAAAUAACCCAAAUGUGCGACCAAGAGAAGGAGACUGGAUCUGCUCAGAUCCUCUAUGUGCAAACCUAAACUUUGCCAGGCGAGAGUAUUGUAACAACUGUAACAGGUUUCGCUAUGCAGGCGGAGGAAGUCCCCGAAGGGCUUAUCCUGGUGCGCCCCUCCCAAAUGCUCCCCACCCAAGACGCCUUCCUGGUCCUCCAAUUGAUCGUUCCCCUGUAAGGAGUAUGAAUGGCUUCAGGUCCCCUCCGCGGGGCUGGGGGAGGGAUGGCCCUAGAGAGUUUGGAAGUGGUGGUCUGCCUCCUCCCAGGCAUGGGCAUGAUGGAAGGUUUCCUGAUCACUACUUGCGGAGAGAUAGGCUGGAUUUUCCAGAUGAUAACUAUAGAGGAAGGACCAAGAAUGACAGACAAAUGGCUGUGGAUUGGGGCCAUAGAGAUCGUGGAAGGGAGAACUUCUUCAGUGAAAGGAAAGCAUUUGAUAGACGACCACCAUCUCCACCUAGUGCUGCACCGCCACCGCCACCACCACCACUGCCUGCCAGCCGUGGCCGAUGGUCACGUGAUGUGAGAGAUAGAAGUCGGUCACCAUUAAGGAGUGGCCCACCGCCAAAAGAGUAUCGCCGGGAUAUGUUUAUGGAUAGGGGGCGAGAUGAUCGGAGAGGUACGGGUAGAGACCGCAUAGGUGGUCCCUACUAGGCGGCAAUGAGGGGAAUUGUAAUUUUGUCUUGGAUUAGAUGUGUUUUAUUUUUAUUUUAGAUGAGAAGCAAGAGCACAGUGUAGGACUUAUUUUUUAGAGUUAUUUUGCAUUCCUGGAUAUGCCUUUGGUUAUUGUUGAUAAACUUCACCCAGGCGGGCAGGUUGUGUGUACUUUUUCAUUUGUGGUUUGAAUUAGUUUAUUGGCAUUAUCCAAAAGGAUGAAGAAUUCAUGUUU